GUGAGGAAAGGAAACUGAAUUAAAUAAAGAGGCUGAGUUGGGCAGAGAAAUGAAACUGCCAGAUUACUUUCAGUUUUGGUAGUUAUUUAACCCGAAACAGCACCCAUGUAACAGCAGAUGCUGCCAAGAAUCAGCCAGAUCUCCUUGAACAUGUCCAACAGCAACAGAUAUAUAACAUCAAACUGAAAGGAAAUAUGGAUUUCUUUCAAAGGUCUCCCCCGUUCCUGAUCCAGUUGCAGAGUAUUUUGAGAAAAUACCCUGAUGGUGGGCAGAUUCUUAAGGAGUUGCUCCAGAAUGCAGAUGAUGCCGGAGCCAGCCAAGUGAUUUUUAUUUAUGAUGAAAGAGAAUAUGGCACAGACGCCCUAUAUUCAGAGGAUCUCCACAGCAUCCAAGGUCCUGCUCUUUUAGUAUAUAAUAAUGAGGUGUUUUCUAAAAAUGACUGGGAAGGAAUCCAGAAACCAGGAAAUAGCAUUAAGAGCAAAGAUCCAAACACUGUCGGGAGAUUUGGUCUUGGGUUCAAUUCGGUGUAUCACAUUACAGACUACCCAGCCAUUUUUAGUGGGAAAAAUAUUGGAAUUCUGGACCCUCAAGAAUCCGUUUUACACAAAGGAGGUCUCUUGUGGAAUCUUGAGAAAAAUAUGGAUAGCAUAAAGAAUCUGACCGACCAGUUUCUCCCUUUCUGCAGAGUCUUGGAAGACACUGGUCUUUCAACAUGGAAUGAAAUUCUCAAUGCUGGAUGUUUUCAGGGGACUCUAUUCCGCUUCCCUCUUAGAGUGAAACCUUCAGAAAUCUCUGAAAAUAUCUACAGUUCGGAGAAGGUGGAGGAGCUCUUUGAAUCCUUCAUUAAAGAUGCAGGCAUCAGCCUUCUUUUCCUUCGACAUGUUAAUACUGUUUCCCUAAAAAGGAUUGGAAGUGAUGGAUUGGUGAUACAUUUGCUUACAGUCAGUGUAUCUACCCAAACAAUAGCUAGCACAAAGUCAGGUAAUAUUACCACAGAAAGCCAUCUAAAAAUGACUUCUAUUAAAGACUUUGAUGAAGAAAAAGAACAGACAUGGUUGGUGCAAACCAGCACUGCUCACGGAAGUCUAUUUCAAGACCUCAUUGAACUAAGUGAAAAAUUGUGCAACAACCCGUCUCUUGACCUUGCAUAUCCAUUAAGCAAGCAGGACACUGACUUAUUUGCAGGGCGUCUGAGCUGUGUUCUGCCACUUCCAGACAAGGAAGAAAACCAAACAGGACUCCCUGUGGUCAUCAAUGGGUGUUUCGAUCUAACAGAUGACAGGAGAAGCAUGAAAUGGCUUGAAACUGACCAACAGCAUGAUAAUGCUGCCAAAUGGAACCAUAUUUUAGUGCAUAAGCUCCUGCCACUUGUUUAUAUAUGUGCUGUAAAGGAUGCUGCCGCUUUGGUGAAGAUGUCCAAGGUCACAACUGAUAUGGCCUAUGGCAUUUGGCCAGAUCCAGAGAAGACCAAAUUCAAAGACAAAUGGUACAGCAUUACUAAGCAAAUUGCACAGCUUCUUCUGUGCGAGAGUGUUCUGCAAACAGCCGAUAAUUCUGAUUGGAUAACUGCAUCUAAAGCUAUAUUCGUUUAUAAUAUUGAAGACCAUGACCUCCAAAACUGUUUAGAAGAAGUUCUCAUUUAUCUGAAGCAACCUCUUGUAAAAAUUCCAGACCACGUCCAAAAAACCCUAAAGUUAGCAGAGGCCAAAACUGGAAUGCUCAACAGUGUAACUCCAUCUUUCAUUCGCAUGGUUUUGAAAAGUGGCAACUGGAACACAAUUUCAAAAGAACAGAAAAUGCUUCUUCUCAGAUAUAUUGUCAGUGACGGGCAAUAUGAUGACCUGCUGGACCUCCAGAUCCUGCCUUUAGCCAAUGGGACAUUUACAAGCUUUCAAAACACUGACAGUGCUGACACUAUUUACAUAGACAGCCAAGACUUUCCAAGAGUUUUAUUGCCUGGAAUUUCACAUAGAUUUUUACCACAGAAUAUACCUAAGGAUAUACUUUCUCAUCUCAGCAAUAUUGCAUCAAACAGAAUUUUCAAAAACCUUCUCAACUUAAAUGAAGAAAUAAUAAUACACAGUCUGAGUGAAGCACUCCCUAAAUCUUGGCUCAGCUGUCACGACCAAGUCCUCUGGAAUCCACAAGAUCCAAAUCACCCACCCUCUGACUGGCUCAGUACUUUCUGGAAAUUUCUCCAACGCUAUGAAAAUGCUCUAAGCUUUUUUGAAAACCAUCCACUGUUGGCCCUGAAUCUUAUUACAGAAGGCUGUACUGACAUUCGCCUGGCCAGGCUGAAAAGAGAGACUACUUUACUUUUUCAGGAAAAAGAAGGUAACAGCUUAACUGAAAACAUGACAAACAUUCUUGAGCAACUUGGCUGUACUGUGAUACGAGAAGCAAAUACAUGGUUGUGGCAUAAAAACCUUUCCCAGUAUAUUCUUGUACCAACCCCAAACAAUAUUUUAAAGGCAUUUUCUAACCUGGACUUAAAUACACUUUUACAGACUUUUACAUGCAUGUCUAAAGAAAGUAUAAAGGAGUUCUCUGAGUGCCUUUCUCAAGCAUACUCCUUUACUGCUUCCGAACUAGAGAUUCUGUGCCAACUGCCCAUUUUUUAUACCCUGACUUCCUUAGAUUGCUCUGAUUCCAUACUUGUACCUGCUCGUGACAUGUGUGCAGUGGAGAAGAACACUUUCCCAGUUGUACCUGAAAACUUAGUGUACCCAAAGCCCCUAAUUAAAUGCAGAGAUGAAGCUGACUGCAGACUCUUACAGCAAAUGAAGAUAUGUUUUCUAGAUGCACCUGCAGUUGCUUUAUUGUUAGGGAGAACCAUUGAGCUGGACUGGUAUAAAAACAAUCAACAGGAGGCACAGAAUGCAAUCUUAUGGAUUCUGAGAAAUGGAGAUGCACUUUUCAUGCAGAAUUCAGAAUUGGUCAGCCUUUUACAAAAUCUCGCCUUCAUUCCUUGCAAUGGAGUAUUAGUAGAACCAUCAGCUCUCUUUGACCCUUCAGUAAAAUUGUUUAAUGAUUUGUUUGGACCGCACCAAUUUCCACCUGCAGAUUACCAGGAAGAGACCAUUUUGAAAACUUUAAGGACUCUGGGUUUAAAACAUAAAACAAACAAUAUCUCUGUGAGUGAUGUUCUACAAAUUGCUUUGGAAGUAAGCCAAGAACAAGAUCAUUUGUCAUCACUGAUGAAAUCCAAAGCUCUAAUUCAGGUUUGCAAUGAAACUACAGUUUUAUACAACAUUAAUAACUGCGAUUUAAACCAGCUGUGCUGCCUUGCCUGGGUCCCUGUAGACUCAGAGACCAGAUUCACUGAGCCAGAAAAGAUCCGAAAUAUGAAGUACCAUGACAUUGUGGAAUUUUCAAUGCACUUAACAAGUGACUUUAAUGAAGAUGCAAGCUUUACUCUUGGACUUAAUUAUUUACCCCCCAGUGAAAAGGUUGUACAAAACCUUAUAACCCUUAGUGAACAAUAUCAGAGCCAUGAUCCACACUCCCUACUAAUAAAACUGCACAAUAUCUAUUACUAUAUUCAGAGUAAUGUAAAACAUUUCUGUGGGUCUCUUUUGUCCAGCCUAAUAAUUUGGAAUGGAGAUGGAUUCUCUUACCCAACGGAGAUAGUUUUGGUUUACCCUGAUGGUUUAGAUUUAAGUUCUAUGGUAAAAAAAGUAACACCGGACUUUCUAACCUACAAAAACCUUUUCAUGAUGUGUGGUGUGCAUCACACUCUAAGAGACACUGAAGUGAUUAACAUUCUUUAUGUUCUGAAGAGUAACAUUGAAUCCAGAGAGUCUCUAUCUGGUACAUAUGAAGAAAAGAAGCUGGCAAUAUCCAUCCUGGACUGGAUGAAGACACAUUCUGUUCAUGGAAAGGAAGAUCUUCCCAUCCCAGUACAGAUGAACAAGAAUACAUUUUGUCUGAAACCUCUUUCUACUGCUCUGUUCUGUGAUAUGGAUAAGAAGCAUUUAAAAGACAUUUUGUCUACUGGCUCUGAUUUCAACAUUGUCCAUGAAGAUCUAUCUCAAGCUACUGCUGAGUAUUUUGAAAUUCAGUUACUAAGUACGAAAAUAUUAAAGCCUGAGUUUUUUGAGCCGUGGGGACCCUCUGAGCCUAUUACAGUUAGAAUUAAAAAUAUCCUAAGAGAAUACAGCGAGAGUGUAGAUAUUUUUAAAGAACUGAUACAAAAUGCAGAUGACGCUGAAGCUACAGUAUGUGCAUUUCUAAUUGACAUGAGGGAAAAUGCCACGUCGAGGCAAAGUCUGAUAGACCCUGAUAUGGCCAUUUGUCAUGGACCAGCACUCUGGUCUUAUAACAAUAGAACAUUCACAGACAAUGAUUUCCGUAAUAUCACUCGUGUGGGAGCAGCUACUAAGGAGACUGAUAUAAAAAAAAUUGGGAAAUUUGGCUUGGGUUUUAAUUCAGUGUAUCUCAUUACAGACAUACCUUUAAUAAUGAGCAGAUCACAUGUUCUCAUAUUUGACCCAAAUGUCAACCAUAUUAGGAAACACAUUCCUAAUGAUUGCAACCCAGGAAUCAAGCUGAACCUUCAAACGAAACCUGAAAUUCUUCAAAUUUUUCCUGAUCAAUUCCAGCCAUUUUCCAGUGUAUUUGGCUGUGAGCUUAAGCAGCCAUUUAACUAUGAUGGGACUCUUAUUCGCCUGCCUUUCCGGACAGAAAAGGAGGCUAAAAAUUCCCAAAUCUGCCAAGAGGCCUUUAGUAAUAAACAGAUAAAAACCUUAAUUAUGAGAUUUGAAGAAUCUACAGAUACUCUGCUUGUUUUUCUAAGAAAUGUGCAGGUGUUAACAAUAAGUUUUCUUGGAAAAGAUCUCUGUCCCGGGGAUCAGUUAUUAAGGGCAAGUGUCCAAAAAGACAAUGUGCUGAGACAGGAUGUGCCUCAAGAUAUCAUUUUACAGCAGCAAAUAACUACCUCUCAGCUGCUAGAAAUACAAAUGAACGACUUGGACAUUUCUGUGUCAAACAUCAUCAAAAUAACUGUUCAGCAGACCACAAAAAAGAAUGAAAAGUAUUACAUGGUACAGUCAAGCCUUGGAAUAAAAGCAUCUAUCCAUAUGUUCUCUCAAAAGAAAUCCUUUAUAUGCCCCCUUCCUUUUGCUGGAGUUGCACUCCCUUUAAAAAAACACAAUGGCACUGAAAAAUGGGCACCUGAUUUAGAGAACUUUAAUGGGAUGGUCUUCUGUUUCUUACCCCUUCCCAUUUCCACCGGGCUUCCUUUUCAUCUGAAUGGAUGUUUUUCAGUUAUGUCAAAUCGAAAGGGACUAUGGGGCACAACAGAAAAGGGAGAAUGGAAUCAGAAAUUGCUAACUGACGCAGCUUUAGUUGCUUUGAUAACUGCGCUGUCACAAUUGCAGAUACUAAAUCACCAAGGUGAUUUACAGGACUAUUAUUAUUACACAUUUUGGCCUGACGUCACAAAAGUUAACACCCAGUACAAAGAAUUGUCAAUAUCAUUUUACCAAGCUGUGGCCUUCGGAUUUUCUGAUUGUUUGCCUGCUCUCUUUAGCAAUGGGCAGGAAUCUUGCACAAUAAAAUAUGCAUGUUUUCUAAAAUUAGAUACUACCAGAGACAGGAGCAUUUAUAGCCUGGCCCAAAAAGUCUUCUCUUUGUUUCUAAGCAAACCAUAUCUUGCAAUGCCACUACCAGAAUGGGUGGCAAAAGGUUUCAUAGUUAGCAACUGUGUCAGCGAAAUUGAACACUGUAUUUACAAUUGUGAAAGGUUCUACACAGAAAUUGUGUUUGAAAAUGUAAUCUUCUUAGAUACCGAAGACAGAAACAGGCUAAUUCUUUACGCUAUAAAAAAGCAGGACAAAGAAUUGGACAAUCUGCUGGUUUCUAAGCCCUGCAUACCAACGUCACAUUAUGGAAAAUUACAAUUCAUUGGGAAACUGGUUCAUCCAAAAAGCAAAGUAUCAGUACUGUAUGACCAAGAGGAAGGAUGUUUUCCUCAGGGGCCUGACUUUCUGAACCCUCAAAUAUUAUCCCGUUUGCAGGAUUUAGGUAUGAUAACAGAUACACUUACCAUGAAGGAACUUAUUCAGAAGGCCUGUAAUAUAAAUACAGUUUGGAAGCAUGAUAAAAACAAGGCAUUUAAACAAAUCUGUUGUGUUUUAGAAUUACUAAGUGACCUACAUGAGCAUUUGUCAGAUGCCCAAUACCAGACAACCUUCAGGAACAUCCUAUUUCUUCCUGCCAUACCUCCUGAUAGACAACCUGGAGACAGAAUCAAUCUACAGUUAUACAAAUCCGAAGAUCUUUUUCAUUACGAAUACAAAGAGCUGGUAUACAUGAUUAAACCAGUUCUCAGCAAAGAACAUGUAGGCGACAUCUCUGGCAAAAUAGCGACAUUCUUAGGUCUAAAUCAGCCCCCUCCUUAUCAUUUGGUACUGUUGCAGUUGUUGGAAGCUAGCAAAAUAUCUGAAUUUCUAAGCAAACAUGAACUGUCAUCUGUGGCAAGAAAAUGCUAUGACUAUUUAAGCCAACUGAUACUAAGAGAUCCAAGCAAGAUUGAGAAUAUAAGAAAGCAAAUUUCGGAUAAGGCUAUCAUUUACACUGGUAAAGAAUUUGUAUCGGUAGAAUUUGUAGCCUACAAAGUGCCUUUUGAUGCAUCCCCAUAUUUAUUUCAGUUGCCUAUUGAAUAUAUAGAGUUUUUUUUAUUAUGGGACUGUCUGGGGAUGAGGGAGGAGUUUCCCAUAAAAACUUACUUAAAAUUACUAGAAAUGAUGGCAUUAAAACAUAAAGGGUCUCCUCUAUCAGCAAAAGAACUACAGGUUGCUCUUCAUUUAAUUCUUAACAGCGCAGAGGAAAUACCUGACGAGUUGCUCUGUACAUCUGCAGAUAUGAAAAUAUUUGUUCCAGACAUUCACUGUGUGCUAAGAGAGGCAAAUGACUUAUACUUUAAUGAUACCCAAUGGAUGCCCAGUGACGAUAACUUAGAUGAUGAAUUCCAUUUUUGCCAUGAUAUGAUUCCACGGCCAGUGGCUUUAAAAUUAGGGAUAAAAACUAAAAUUCACCAUUUGCUGAACACAAUAAAAAUUUCAAAUCUUUCCCACUGGGUUUCUCAGUUUGGGGCAAAGGAGGAUCUCACAACACGCCUCAAGAACAUAUUAAGGGAAUAUUUAGCACAGAAGGACAUACUAAAGGAACUCAUUCAGAAUGCAGAUGAUUCAGAAGCCACUGAAAUUCACUUUGUUUUGGACAGUAGAACCCACCAGGCAACAAGUACAUUUGGUUCUGAAUGGAACCCUCUUCAUGGCCCAGCUCUCUGCAUCUACAAUAAUCAAAAAUUUGAUCCUAAGGAUAUUGAAGGCAUUCAGCUAUUGGGCAAAGGUGGUAAAAGGGGCCAGGGAAGCAAAAUUGGGAGGUUUGGAACUGGGUUCAAUUCUGUCUACCACAUAACAGACUGUCCUUCUUUUUUAACUGGAGAUGCUAUCAUGUGUGUAUUUGAUCCUAAUCUAGCAUUCUUACCAUCUUCCACAGUUGGAAGUCCAGGGGGGAUGUUCAGUGUAAAUGACAGAUUCAAAAAGACAUUUAAAGAUGUGUAUAACACUUUCCUUCCCUCUGUCUUUAAUCUUCAAGAAGGUACCUUGUUUCGCUUGCCUCUAAGGAUGGCAGAAACAGUAGCAAUGUCCAAGAUAAGUAACCAGCCAGUAUCACUAGAAAACAUCAGAAAUAUGUGCAGAGAACUGGAAGAGGAUGCUGACAGCAUGAUACUGUUUUUAAAUAACAUCAAAAAAAUAACUUUCUCUGAAAUCUCCGACACUCGGGGUAUCAGGCAAAUCAUGCACAUUAAAUCAGAGGUGCAAAGUCUCUCAGAGUCAGGACAAAUUCCUUUUAAAGAAAUGCUCUCAAGGGAGAAUAACGUUUCUGAGACACUGCCUGUCAGAGCAACAUAUCUGACAGAAAUAACAUGCAGCAGCUAUCACAAUCCACAUAAGUGGCUUUUGGUUAAACAAAUCGGAGCCCAAGGAGAAGACAAUAUGGUACAGAAAAUGUCUGGACUUUUGCAUGAAACCAUAAUUCCACUUGGCUGCAUAGCUGUUUGUUUAAAUGUGAUUACUAAAGGCAGGGCUUUCUGUACCUUGCCUCUGCCUGUAAAGACUGGACUGCCUGCACAUAUUAGUGGAAACUUUAUGGUGGAUUCAGCACGCAGAGACAUCUGCAGUGAGGACAGCAGAAGUCCUAAAACAAAAUGGAAUAUAUUUCUGCUUACUAAGGUCAUUGCUCCACUUUACUGCUACCUCAUUGACUUCAUAAAACAUAUAUUUUGCAAAUCCGAAGGACAGCUACAGUUUACAAACUGGAAAUCCUACACAGAUUUCCUAGAGAAAUUUUUACGUUUCUUUCCAUAUAUAACAGCAUCCGUACCUCCCAUAUGGCAGAAAUUGGUUCCGCAGGUCUAUCAAAUGAUAUCCAAAGAGCAAAAGGAACUUAUCCCCAUCUACAAGAAAAAAGAUAAGGUUCUAUUUGUAGAGUGGUCAAGUCUUGGCCAAAGAUCCACAUCUGAAGCUCCAUAUUUUUACCUUUAUAAUGGAGAUACCAACAUCAUCAUUCUUUUACAAAGUAUGAACAUGAAGCUUGCUGUUGGGAAAUCCCUUCAAGCUAUAUAUAAAGAAUUUGAAGCAUCUGAUGUUAAUGUUAUGGAAUUAAGUCCUAAAACACUAUGUAACUUUCUAAGGCACAUUCCCAUUCAUCCCCAAGGUUACAGCCUGCCAGUGCCUGUAUGUGAGACAAUUCUCAGAGAAUUCAAAAACUGCAUCUUACUAAUACAGUAUUGUUUGGAGGGUUAUCCAAAAAAAGCCCAGGGGAUUGAUCUUUAUGGCAUUCCUCUUUUGGUGACUGAGGAUGGCAUGCUUCGAUGUUUCAGCAGAGAGAAGCCUUGUUUUUACACAGAUUUCCCAGAACUAUUUAAAGAUCAUGGUAAUAGAUUUGCAAAAGAUUAUGGCUUGGAAACAAAACGGUUAAUUGACGUAGGCCUCUUGAGGUAUUUAACAGUUGAUGAUGCCACUGAUUUUAUCAAGGAGUUUCUGGGUCCUGCAUUUAGAACUUCUGGAAGAGUUAUCAUUAACCAAACAAAGUCUCACAUACAUAGAGAGUGGCUAAAAAUGUUAUGGAGUUUCUUUGAGAAAGAACUGCAACUCAACCGAGAAAAGCAAAUGUUUAAAAAGAAUUUUGAAAAAAUCCAAAAUCUUUUUUCAGACUUGGCCAUUCUGCCAGUGAUUUAUAAAAUGCAUCCCAAUGAGAUUACUCUUCUUCCACUGAGGAAUCUGGAUAAUAUCCUUGCUUAUCAUGAAAAUGAUGUGGAAAAAUGCCUUUUUAACUUAGGGUUUCCUGUGGUCGAUUCUACAAUACUUACACAGAUGAUGGUAAUCAGUCACAUUGGUCCUUUUUUGCUAAACAUCAAAAAAUGCAAUUCAGUGGCUUAUAAACUAUGUUCAGAAAAGGAUUUGAAUUGGAAAAGUCUUGAAGAAGGAGAGCUGGAUACACUUUUAAGCUAUUUCUUAAAUGGCCUGAGAACCAAUAAUAAAAUAAUUCACUGUUUACAAGACUUACCCUUGUUUGAGACCCUAAGUGGGGAAAGACGAUGUUUAAAUGUAUACAAACGCAAGUGUAUUUUGACUGUGUCUCAUUUAGUAGCCAGAAAGUUUUUUGAACUAGACUGCCAAACUGUGUUCCUAAAGAGAAAUAAAGCAAAUAUUGAAUUAUCUAAGUACCUAAACAUUACUUCUCUGGAUGAACACGAUUUCCUGCUAAAGUUCAUUCUCCCCCAUUUUCAACUGCUUUCGCAGCAUGAAGUCUUACAGGUUCUUGGCUAUGUUUUGGCUGAGUCUGAUGACAGCAAAUAUAAUGAGUUAAUCAAAGCUCUAAAACCAUUACCUUUCAUUCAAGACAGACAAGGAGAACUUCAAAAUGCCUCCUAUUUCUAUGAUCCAAGGAUUCAUUUGUUCUCUACCUUCAGGCAGCAGUCUAGGUUUAUUCCUGAUGAACUGAUAAUAAAGUUUAAAGGUAGGGAAAAGCUCCUUUUUCAGUUAUUAAAAGAUCUUGGGAUGCAUUGCAAACCCACCAAGGAGGAUUUGAUUUGCUUUGCAACCAUGAUUCAAGCCAAGGGAGCAGCAGGCACCUCUCUGGAACUGCUGUCACCACAUAUUAAAGAACUGUUUGAUCAUUUACUUUCUCUGGAUGAAACCGAAAUAACCAGCCAAUUUGCAGAGGAGUUCAGAGGUAUUAAAUUUUUGAUACCGCUGAAUGUCAGCAAUGACUUAAAAAGUCUUCACCCACCGCAUGCAAAGGAAAAUGUGUUGAUUGCUCUUAAAGGUUCUUUAUUAAAGCAGAAGAAAGAAGAUGAAUUAUUGGCUUGGACAUCAAUGAACCUUUUUGGAGUGAAGAAUUAUUUACGACAUAAAGAUAUACAAUUACUGAAAAGAUUUGGAGUUCAGUGCAAACCUCCACUUCUCAAUAUUGUUGCAAACCUAAAAAAUGUCUGUAGCUCUCCUUGUGAAAGCGAACAGCUACUGCAAAUCAGACGUGGCAUACUUAUUGCUACUUACCAUGCACUUCAGGAAGAAGAACAAUUUAAUGUUGAAUGUUUAUCAAAGGUGCCCUUCAUCUUAGUUAAUGGUGAUGCCUUAGCACAGCCUGAUAUGGUUGUUUUAAAUCUGCCCCAUGAUGAAUGUUUUGAACCAUAUUUAUUCAAAUUACCAAAAAAUUUGUUCCGUUACAGCGAGUUUUUCCAGAUAGCUGGAGUAGAGGCUAAUGCAACUAUAUUUCAUUAUGCCAAUGUGCUUUCUACAGUGUAUGAAGAAACACUGAACAAAACGUCAUUGCACUCUAACCUUAAAAGGACUGUUUCUGAAGCUAUAAAGCAACUUUUUAAAAUUCUGGAGGAGGAACCAAAUGACAAACACAAACUUAAACAGCUGCAUCUUCCCGGGAAAGAUGGAAAACUUUAUCCUAGUUCUAGUCUUGUCUUCAUAAACUGCCAUUUUACUGUUAUAGAGAAGCUGAGUGACACAUUUACAUUUUGCAAUCUUGACUGUGUAGAGUCAAAUAAGGACCAAUACCAACAAGAAAGACUUAUCAAGCUUUUGCCUGACAAAAUCCGGCCAAAACUUCUUUCACAAAUUACUGAACAGUGUAUUGAUGUUAACAGCAUUGCUUUUUGUACAUACGAAGAAAACUGUGAGCUGUGGAGCCACUUUGAUGGGAUUCUCAACUCUCCAGAAUUUCAGGAAGGUCUUGUUGAUCUCUUGAGAAGCCAGUACAAUGGAAAGAUAACUGAAGAGUGUGCAUCACAACAAUGUAAAGCUGUGCUAGAAAAACUAGAGCUCAAAUGCUGUCUUAAUCUGCAAACCAUUUUGAAGCAUAAAGGGGAGAUAAUAAAAGGCACUAAUGUAUCUAAAGAGAUUUGUGUCACCAUGGGCACAGAAGGUCAGUGUCAGAUUUAUUUCAUUCAUAAGGACAAUAUUUACCAAACUAAUAUUGUUAAAAUCAUAAGUACCUUUGCAGAAGAAAUGAAUAAUAUCAUGCAAAAUGUAUUUUCACACAAAUCAUUAUCAAUUCUCAUGCAAAUGUUAAGCUGCAAAUAUCCUGACGAGAUUAAGAAUAUUCUUAAGGAGAAGGGAAUAUGGAUGAAAAGUAUAACAAGGCACCAUCCUCUUUCUUUGUCAGACCCAGGAGAACCCAUCCCUAGUGAAUGGUAUGAAUUUCUGAACAUGAAUAUUCUUAAUAGUUUUAGAGUUGGUGACUUUGUUGGGUAUAUGUGCCCUUCAGAUGAAGACUUAUAUCUCUAUGCUAUUGUAGUUGAAGAAUUGGAUCCUAAAACCUAUGCAAACUGUGAAAUCAAAAUGUAUCGCAUCCAACGCGGCCAGAAUAUAUUCGAUGAUGCAAGCAUACUUGAUUUGUACCAAUUCAAAAGGAACGUCAUCCAAAAGAACAAUGCGUUAGUAUUAGUUGAGGAUACAAAGCAAGAAGAUGAAAAUGAUGAAAAAUGGUAUGACCUGCCCACUGAAGAUAUAAAAAAAGAAAUAAACAUGCACUUGAGUAAACUUUGGGAGCUACCAGAAAAUGACAGAAACAAGGCAAUCAGAAGACUUUACCUAAAGUACCAUCCAGACAAGAACAUUGGUCAAGAGGAACUUGCUACGGAAAUAUGCAAAUUUAUCCAGAAAAGGAUUGAAGAGCUUGAGGCCGGCGAGAGUCAAGCCACCCUUAGCAGCCAAUACAGUUCAGACAAUAGUACCAGUUUUAGAAAUUCAAAUCGAGGGCCUCGCAGUAGACAGUCCAGAGGUUCUACUUCUUCAGAAAGCUUUUCUGACUAUUGGGAGAAAUGGGAUAAACAGGCUUUCAACCAUAAAACAGAGAGUUCUUCAGAGAGGAAUAGGCAAAAGUCAAAGUUCAAGGAAAAAAGCAAAAGAACUCACUCAAACCCUCAAGAAGCUGAAAGGUGGUUCAGACAAGCUGAGUGUGACUUAAAAGCUGCAGAACAUGAUGCCGGACAUCAUCACACAGAGUGGGUGUUUUUCAAAAUACACCAAGCUAUAGAAAAAGCUUUAUUUUCUGCUCAGUAUAUGAAACAUGGCAAAAUUGAUACAAAUGUAAACAUUCAUUCUUUAGCCAGCGAAGUCUCUACAUAUGUUGGCUGUCUGAAUGGCAUCAAUGAGCAAGUGCUACAGCUGCAACAACAUGGAGUAGACAAGCUAAAAACACAGUAUCCCAAUUACCACAGCCCACCUGGCAUUCCCAACGACUGUAUCCCACAGGAUUAUGAGCAAGAAGUCAUUGGUUUGGCUAAGAAUGUGCUCAAGAAAAUAAAGACCUAUGUAUAUCAGUAAUGGGCACCUUUAAGUUUUAGUAUAGCAGAUUUACAUAAUCUAAGCAGUUGGUCUAGUUUUGUUUCUGUUUUUGAAUUGAAUGCCUGUUUGCUCUUUUGGUUGAUAGGGUCGGUGACACCAGCACACAUAAAGCAGAUGAAUUGUGAAAUGAGAUCAUUAUAAUUGAAGGGACUGUUCACCAAGUUUCACUAUAUGGUUCUGUACUUUAUUUUUGACUAUGUUUUUUACUGUUUGACUAUGAUCCUAUUAAAAAUUGCAACAUUAAAACCUACAAAAUCCAUCUCCUGCUUUAUCCUU